AAAUAAAGUAACACAUAAACGAGACAUAAUUGAUAGUGUAGAAAACGUAUUUAAUAUAAACAUGGCAACUCGUAGAUAUUAUGAAAAGGGCCGGGCAUCACUGCUGUCGUCUCACAGUAGUUUCUGGAACCUCAUGGUUACACUAUGGAGAAAGUAUCUCAGCUGAAAGACCAGGGUAAUAAAGCGCUGAGCGCAGGGCAGUUUGAUGAAGCAGUGCGCUGCUACACCGAGGCACUCGCAUUGGACCCAAACAACCAUGUCCUCUUCAGCAACCGAUCUGCUGCUUACGCGAAGAAAGCAGAUUAUGAGAACGCCCUGAAGGACGCGUGCCAGACCAUUAAGAUCAAGCCAGACUGGGGCAAGGGCUACUCACGAAAGGCUGCAGCUUUGGAGUUUCUGGGAAAGUUUGAAGAUGCCAAAUCAACCUAUCAGGAAGGUCUCCGGCAAGAGCCGUCCAACCAACAGCUAAAAGAAGGGCUUCAGAAUAUCGAGGCACGACUAGCAGAGAAGAAGAUGAUGAACCCCUUCGCAAUCCCUAACUUGUACGAGAAGUUAGAGGCGGACUCCCGAACCCGAGCCCUCAUGUCAGAUCCCAGUUACAGAGAGCUGCUCGAACAGCUCCGCCAGAAACCCUCCGAACUCGGCACGAGGUUGCAGGACCCACGUGUGAUGACCACCCUUUCGGUGCUGCUUGGAUUCGAUCUAGCCGGCAUGGAGGACGACGAGGAGCCGACUCCUCCCCCUCCACCUAAACCCAAAGAGACGGCCCCGCCCCCUCCCAAAGAAGAAGAUCUGCCAGAGAACAAGAAAUUGGCAUUGAAGGAGAAGGAACUCGGCAAUGCAGCGUAUAAAAAGAAGGACUUUGAGACUGCACUCAAACACUAUGAAGAGGCGUGCAAGCAUGACCCCACCAGCAUGACCUAUCUGUCCAAUCAGGCUGCCGUGUUCUUCGAGAAGCGAGAGUUCGACAAGUGUAGAGAGCUCUGCGAGAAAGCCAUCGAGGUGGGACGAGAAAAUCGGGAGGACUACAGACAAGUCGCCAAAGCCUACGCCAGGAUCGGGAACUCUUUCUUCGUACAGGAGCGGUAUAAGGAGGCCGUUCAGUUCUUUAACAAAAGUCUGACUGAGCAUCGCACCCCCGAGGUGCUGAAGAAGUGUCAGCAGGCAGAGAAGAUCGUUAAGGAGCAGGAGAAACUGGCUUAUGUCAACCCAGACCUGGCACUAGAGGAGAAGAACAAGGGCAACGAGGCUUUUCAGAAAGGUGACUACCCUCUGGCCAUGAAGCAUUACACUGAAGCCAUAAAGAGAAACCCUAAAGAUGCCAAGCUCUUCAGCAACAGAGCAGCCUGUUACACCAAAUUACUGGAGUUCCAACUGGCCCUCAAGGAUUGUGAGGAGUGCAUCAGCCUGGAACCCACCUUCAUUAAAGGAUACACACGCAAAGCAGCAGCACUGGAGGCAAUGAAGGACUACUCUAAAGCCAUGGAUGUCUAUCAAAAGGCUUUGGAGCUGGAUGCAAACUCCAAGGAAGCCACAGAGGGUUUGCAGCGCUGCAUGGUGAGUCAGACCAUGAGGAAUGAUAACCCAGAGGACGUGAAGCGACGGGCCAUGGCUGAUCCGGAGGUCCAUCAGAUCAUGAGUGAUCCUGCAAUGCGCAUGAUCUUAGAGCAGAUGCAGAAAGACCCACAGGCUCUCAGCGACCACCUGAAGAACCCAGUUAUCGCUCAGAAGAUUCAGAAACUCAUAGACAUCGGACUAAUAGCCAUCCGGUGAUCAGAAGAACAGAGGAGAAACAGGGCUACCACCAUCCAGAUUAACACCACCACAAGACCUCAGAGGAAAGAAGACUCCAUUCAAAAAGAAAGUUUGCUCUGCAAAUUGUAAAAUCGCCCUCAUUACGUCAUAUGUUUUAAGUGUAAGACCUUAGUUUUUCAUUAAAUAUUAUGUGAAACACAAAAUGCAGUGCUAGAUUUGUUACUCAGCACUCCAAUACAGGUGAUGUUUGUUUCAAACCUUGCUUCUAAUCAUUACAAGUCUCGUCUGUCAAACGGCAUUUUAAUAUCCUUUGAGUUCCGUACAACCACCGAGAUUCAGAUCAUCAUCAUAUUGGGAGUUUUGCUGCAAAUCACAUCUUAGCAAGUAUAAAAGUAUUUUUUUAUUUUCAUAAUUAUCUAGUAUUUCCUAUUACUUCUCACAAAAAAAUACGGUUUCUAUCUGACCGGUCUGAGUAAGAGUGCUUGUCUAUGAUCAGGUCUUUAUUAUUUACAGGGAAUCUAGUGCUCACUUGCAGUAGUGACGAAUCGAGUUCUGGUUCUCUGGAUGUGGUCGAAACUGUGAAAUGGCACACAAGGUCGCCUGCUAUCAAGUCCACUUGCAGUAUAAUGUCAAUUAAAAUGCUUGUUUCACAAACGCUGUCCUUUCUUAAAUGCUUGGUGAUGCGAUGCAGUAUGUAAGAGUAUUAUUAUAAGAGGUUUUAAAAGCAAGUCCUGGUCCUAGGUUCGCACUCUUGGUUUGCUAUAGCUGAAAAUCCCAACUGUUCAUAUUCAGCCACGAAGCAGCCUUGUUCUAUGCAAGGCUACGUGGUUGUUAGUUUUUCACAUUUUGUUACCAGUUCACAUCUUCAUCAUUUCCCAAAUGCAACAUCAAGGUCUUGGUGCCUGCAAGUCUGCAAACCUUUCACUGCUGUCUUCUGUCUCUCUCAUCUGUGCUUUAAGCCAUAAACUGACAUAUGGAUGUCUUUGACUGUAUUCAUGCUCGGUGUUUUCUUUCCUCACCACUUCAAUAAACUUCUACAUACCACA